UGGCUCGACAGACGAACGGACGGACCGACGGAGAGAGAGAGAGAGAGAGAGAGAGAGAGAGACGGGCGGCGGGGGUUCGGCUCGAAUGCCGCCGGCUGGAGGGAGCGAGCUACGGAUCGAGGACGGUACCGGUGAUGCCACAUCUGGCGCCGCUGCUUGAGACGAAGCGGAGCUGAGGUCGUCGUGCGGAGCCCGCUGUCCCGAGCGCGCGCGCGCAGGAGACGCAGCAGAGCCGCAGAUUGGACCCCACGGUCCCGCUCAUGGCAAAGAUGAGCUGGGCUGCCGGGACACAGUGUGUGGCCAAGGGGGACCACAAGAAGCCCAAAGCCGGAGAACUGGCCUACCACAAAGGCGACAUCCUCACCGUGGUCGACACAAGCGCGAGGAAGGGCUAUUGCAUGGCCAGACACAACGCCACGGGAGCGGAGGGGCUCAUAAACCUCAGCAGCGUGCGUGAGAGGGAGGCCCUGCGCGUGGACCCCAGCCUCAGCCUCAUGCCAUGGUUCCAUGGGAAGAUCUCGGGCCCGGAGGCGGUGGGGAAGCUGCUGCCUGCCGAGGACGGCCUCUUCCUGGUGCGGGAGUCCAUCCGCCACCCGGGCGACUACGUCCUGUGUGUCAGCGUCUCUGGAGACGUCAUCCACUACCGCGUGAUCUACAAGGACAACAAGCUGACCAUUGACAACACACAGUAUUUCUACAACCUCAUCGACAUGAUCGAGUUCUACUCAAAGAACAAAGGCUCCAUUGCUACAACUCUUCUGAAGCCCAAACCAAAGCAAGGAGCCAAGUCAGCAGAGUUGGAGCUAUCGAAAGCUGGAUGGCUGCUGGACAUUACGAAGCUCACACUGGGAGAGAACAUUGGAGAGGGGGAGUUCGGGGCCGUGCAUGAGGGUCAGUACAUGGGCCAGCGGGUGGCAGUAAAAACCAUUAAAUGUGAUGUCACAGCUCAGGCCUUCCUGCAGGAAACCACGGUCAUGACGAAGCUCCAGCAUAAGAACCUGGUGCGGCUGUUGGGCGUCAUCCUCCACAAAGGCCUCCUCAUCGUCACAGAGCUCAUGAGCAAGGGAAACCUGGUGAACUUCCUCAGGACGAGGGGGCGCUCGGUGGUGAAGUCGGCCCAGCUGCUCCGCUUUUCCCUCGACGUGUGCGAGGGCAUGGAGUACCUGGAGUCCAAAAAGCUGGUCCACAGAGACCUGGCCGCCCGCAACGUGCUGGUGUCGGACGACGGCGUGGCCAAGGUCAGCGACUUCGGCCUCACCAAGGUGGACUCCAAGGCGCCGGACAACGCCAAGCUGCCCGUCAAGUGGACGGCCCCCGAGGCGCUGAAGAAGGAGAAGUUCUCCACAAAGUCGGACGUGUGGAGCUACGGCGUUCUCCUGUGGGAGAUCUUCUCAUACGGCCGCCAGCCCUACCCCAAGAUGUCGUUGGUGGAGGUGAAGGAGCGCGUGCAGGUGGGCUACCGCAUGGACGCCCCGGAGGACUGCGCCCCCGCCGUUUACGCCAUCAUGAGGAUGUGCUGGGAGCCGGAGCCGCGCAAGAGGCCCGCGUUCCACAAGCUGCGGGAGAAGCUGGAGCGAGAGGUGGGCGCGAGCAGCCCGGCGCCGGGGUCCCAGCGACGGGGGGGCGUCCGGUCUGCAUCUGGAUGCUGAUCCUUCUGGCUGCCGCGCGAGCAGAGACUGCAUCACCCUCCUGGGUCCGUGUACAGAUGGUCUGAGGUGGUGGCGUUGAUCCAGAUUGACUUAUGUUAGAAAGCACUUGAUGGAUUUCCCAGGAAACCUUCCACAGACACUUAUGGGUGGAUCAUACAGACUUUGAGGGUGUGAUAAGUGAACCUUUGCCCAAUCGUUGGCCUUGAGGUUUGGUGCAGACAUUUCUGGUUAAACCUUAAAUCCUAAACACAGCACGCAAACUAUAACGGCAGAAUCAAACUCACAGGACGUCUCUGCUCAUGAGUCAAGACACUAUGCGGGUUUAACACCGGCGGCUCAACAUGCGUAUUAAUCCCCAGCUGAAAAUAGUCCCCACUAAACACACUGUUUAUCUUUGCAUCAUGUUUACUGAAGGGUUCAUUCAAGGUGGUUAUAGGAAGUUGGUAAAAGUCAAACCUGUUGUUGCUUUUGGUAUUUUACACUAUCAGUGUUGUUCCUACAUGAAUGUAAACGUCAGUCACCGUGAGAGCAACAGUGUUUUUUAUAUGGUCAUUACCAUAUGAUCAAAAAGAUGAAAAAUACUAGAAAGGAGGAUGGAAGGAAAGAUCCUUAUUUGAUAUUUAAUCACAGAUCACCAAAAUCUGCUGGAAUCCCAGCAAUAAUGCUCGGCAAUAUGUCACCGACUCAGGGCUUAAUGUUAGGAAUAUUUUAAUACUGCAGUAUAGAAAGUAAAGUAAUUUAUUUCCAUGUUGUACAGACUGGUCAACAUGUUGCAGGUUGCAGAGGAUUUGCCUUUAAGCCUUUUGUUGUUUUUUUUUUCUUUAUGAUCAGUAGCCUGUUGUUCUUUAUUAGUUCAGAUGAAAUUUGGCAGGCGUUUUCUUUUUAUGACUUAAAAAAAUCCAGCCUAGUUCUAUUUCACAUCUGCUCUGUGUACUUAGGUUGGACUCUGAUUCAACUCAUUCCAACGCGUUUGCUUUAUAAGACGGAGGAGCAGCAUUUGUUCUGUUAAUUUGGAUGCUGAGGUUAUAGGAGUUACUUUGCAACGGCCGCUGUCCUCAUCUUGGGGUUUUUUUUUUUCAAAACAAAUCAAACAGUGUAACCCUGUUUCAUAAAUCUUAAAUUUUGCCUCAACUGGCUUUAAAAUGUAAACAAUAUCAAUUUUGAUCCAUCAUGUGUAUUUUGAAUAUGUGUAUCACAGUAGACAUGUCACUGUUUUCACCUCAUCGGCUCAUUUAUUAGAGCUGCAAUAACAGUCAAAUGACUUUAAAGUCAGCAGAGAAGGAGCCUCUGCUUUGCAUUGAUGUCAUGUUAUAAAUUAAAGAUGUCAUCUGA